UGCUAGGCGGCGCGGCUCGGGGAUGGCGGCGGCGGCGCUUGGGGUCGAAGUGGGCAUUCGGGUAGCGCUGUUCGCGGCAUUCCUGGUGACCGAGCUGCUUCCGCCUUUCCAGCGGCGGAUCCAGCCUGAGGAGAUGUGGCUGUACAGAUUCCCGUACGUGGAAACCGAGUACUUCCCCGCCAAGCCCAUGUUUGUCAUUGCGUUUUUCUCACCGCUGUCUCUGAUCAUCCUGGCCAGAUUUCUGAAGAAGGCGGACACCGCAGACAGCAGACAGGCCUGCCUGGCCGCCAGCCUCGCCCUGGCGCUUAACGGGAUCCUCACCAACACAGUGAAGCUCAUAGUGGGCCGGCCACGGCCAGACUUCUUCUUCCGCUGCUACCCGGAUGGGCUGGCCCGUGAGGAGCUGCCGUGCACCGGGGACGAGGCCGUGGUGACUGAGGGCCGGAAGAGCUUCCCCAGUGGACAUUCAUCCUUUGCAUUUGCUGGCCUGGCCUUCACAUCUUUCUACCUGGCUGGAAAGUUACACUGCUUCACACCCCAAGGCCGUGGGAAGUCUUGGCGGCUCUGUGCCUUUCUAUCCCCUCUGCUUUUUGCAGCUGUGAUUGCACUGUCCCGAACCUGUGACUACAAGCAUCACUGGCAAGAUGUGCUAGUGGGGUCCCUGCUGGGCACGACACUGGCCUACGUGUGCUACAGACAGUACUACCCUCCUCUCACGGAUGCUGAGUGUCACAAACCUUUCCAAGACAGGCAUGUGCUUCACGCUUCACAGAGGAAGCCUGGUGACUCUUGCUGUUUGGACAUUUAAAAGCUGAGCCUGCCUUGGUGGAGAAUGUCCACUAGUUUUCCUAAGAGAACUGUGUACAGACAAGAAGUACUGGGCUUCACACUCUUCCCCACCCCCCAAGGUACCAGGGCGGACACAGCCACACACUCUUCUACCUCGUUGGCAGCUAUGCCACCUCCCGGGCAAGGAUGUGAGCUGUUUAGUGGAGCUGAGGGUACUGCUCCACCAAGCCGCAUCCCAGCAGCCAGUGCUUUCCAGUUGAAUUUCAGUGCGGCUCCUGGAAGGCCAUCUCUUAGAGACCUACUGUGUCCUGGGAGCUAGAGUUAUUUACCAGACUUAAUUUCUGCUUCUCAUAAUUUGACAUCUUAAAAAUCUAGGUCAUGACUUUUGCUUCUGUUUACUUUCCCUGGUGAAAAUUCCAUAAAGCCUUCAAUAGGAAAAUGUCCAGUUCUGGCUAAUUUACCACUGCUGUGUGUAUCUUAAUCUGAGUCCAGCCAUCUAGUGUUGCUAUUUUGAAUAAUAUGAGCAAAGACAAUUUUUGAACUAAGAAGAAUAUGGUUAAAAAAAAAGAAAAUGGUGAAGUGUGGUUUCAAUACCACCAACAAGUGAUUGUUUCUAUCUCCUCUGUCCUUGUGCUCACGAGCUCCUUGCCCAAAUUCAACUCUGCCACCUAAGGCAGGAGAGAAAAAAACAGCUAUCGUGUGGAGUAUAAAUUAAUUCCUGUCUGCCCUUUAUAGGACACCAUAGGAUCUUAUAGUUUCCUUUCUUACAUUUCAAAGCCAUUUCUACGUACACCUUCCUAUAACAUCUUUAAUGCAUUACUUACCCUUCGGUAAGUGUGCCAGGCAAUGAAAUGGUGACUGUGUCUUGUGUCCUUUGG